AUGGCCGCCUCAACGCCAUCACCAGCCUCCCCAUCCUCAUCGCCCUACCCCUUCGCCGCAGCCCCCGACAUCGUCCGCUCCCACCAAAAGGACGCCUACUUCACCGGCAACCUCGCAAACUCCCUCACAGACCUCCACCGCCGCCUCUUCGGCGCGCGCUCCGCCCACGCCCUCGCCCCCGAGCUCCGCACCGCCGCCUCCCUCCUCUACUUCGGCCUCACCACCCUCCCCGGCCACCGCACCCUCGGCGAGGAGUACUGCGACCUCGUCCAGGUCGACGCCGGCCCCCGCGGCGCCCGCCUCGUCUCCCUGCCCUCCCUCCCCUCCCGCGCCGCCUACAUCGCCGGCACAAUCAUCCUCCCCUACCUCGCGUCCCGCGCCCUGCCCGGCCUGCGCGCCGGCCUGCGCCGCCUCAUCGACCGCCGCCUCGCCGCCCUCCGCCAGCAGCAGCAGCAGCAGCAGCACAACAAGGACGGCGGCGGCACGACGCGCCAGGUCCGCGUCCUCGAGUACCUCUCCGCGCACCUCUCCUCCCUCACCUCCGCCGCCCCCUUCCAGGCCGUCGUCCUCGCCCUUUUCUACUUCAACGGCACCUACUACGAGCUCACCAAGCGCCUCCUCUCCCUGCGCUACGUCUUCACCCGCACCGUCCCCGACACCCCGGACCGCGCCGGCUACGAGCUCCUCGGCGUCCUCCUCGUCAUCCAGAUGGCCGUCCAGGCCUUCUUGCACGUCCGCGACACCUUCUCCUCCGUCUCCGCCUCGUCGCAGCGCGAGAGACUGGGCUUUCACGCGGGAGAGCUGGACGUCUCUCUCAGUCACAACAACAGCUACUCCGCCUCCAACAAUGACCUCUUGCUCAGCGGGGUGGGCACGGUCGGACCGCAGGCGACAAAGGUGGACAUUGCCACAACGACGCAUACCCCCGUGAGCGGCGUUCCGCGAUUCCACCUCGAGAACGAGUCGACGAUGGGCUACAUCAAGGGCAGCCAGCAGCGCAAAUGCACGCUGUGCCUCGAGGAGAUGAAGGACCCUGCCGCCACGCAGUGCGGCCACGUCUUCUGCUGGGAGUGCAUAGGCGACUGGGUCAGGGAAAAGCCCGAGUGUCCCCUCUGCAGAAGAGAGGCCAUGGUACAGCACAUUCUCCCCUUGCGCGUCAUGUAGCGAGUUUCUUUCAUAUCUUGUGUUUGUUUUUGGUCAAGCGAAAUCAGAUGUUCUUGGAUAGCUAGAUUGUGAUACUCCAUACAUGUAGAAAUAAUGCGUUGGUUGGCAGGAAAACUGGUAUAGAAGAUGUAGAAGAAGGGAAAAGGUUAGCAAGAAGUAAGGUACAAAGGGAAAGAGAUGAAAAACAAAGCAGAUGCCUUGCUAGGCUUGUCCGCCGAUAAUCCAUCGCACAUACCAUCGUACAAAGUGAAAGAAGAAACUUUCCCUUCAUACAUUUCCCUUCGUGGUAUCAUUAACCCCCAUUACUGCGCCCAUCACCC